AUGUCUCGUGUGAAUGAGUUUACACCCCUCCUUGUCAAUGACAAAAUCCAGUCGCGUCCUCAACACCAUCGUAGUGUAUGGCAAUUUGUAUUGGCGGGUGCAUUGAGUCUUGGCAUCUUGAGUCUCUUUCGGCAGCAGAAUUCGGUUCCUCUGGAGAUUGCUGACGUCACUGUGUCAUUUAACGAGGAUAAAGCUAUCACGGAUGACGCGUCUGACGUAGCAUUUUUGUCCAGUACGGAGACCUUCAAGGACCCUUCGGUGGACCCUUGUGUUGACUUUUAUGAUUACGCAUGUGGUGGUUGGCUCAAAAGUCAUGAAAUUCCAUCGGACCGUCCAAAUAUUGACUCGUCCUUUUACGUCGUCUCGGAAACCAACAAGGACACAAUUCAGCAAAUUCUUGACCAAAAUCCGCCUCAAAUAGGACAAUUCUACCACUCAUGUCUCAGUGAUGAGGAGGUGGACGCUAAUGCUCUUGCCUUUGUCACUCAAUUGGUGAAUAACGUCCAUCAAGCCAAUUCCAUUCUCGCUUUGAUGGAGUUGGCAGGUGGAAUGGACCAAAGUCUAGGAAUCAGUACAUUCUUCAGUGUGUUCGUAGGUGCAGACUCUCAAGAUCCAACUACAAACGUCCUUAAACUAUCUCAAGGAGGACUCACAUUGCCAUCCAGAGAGUACUACUUGGAACAAAGCAAAGUGGACGCUUAUGCAGCUCUCUAUAUAGAUUACGUGACCAAAUUGUUUGCAGUGGGAGAACUAGACCAUCAAAAUGUCAGUGAGUUUGCAGAGGCUGUGCUGGAGAUUGAGACGACUUUUGCCAAUAUUUCUCUACCGAAUACAGCGUUGCGUGACCUGGAGACAACCAACAUGGCGUACUCAUUUGCGGAAAUUGCUCAGAGAUAUCCCUUCUUAAUGGCCUAUUUGAAUGGGAUAUACAAGAAGGAACCAUUCCCGAUGCUCCACGCGAUUAUUGCAACACCGAACUUUUUUGAGGCACAGAACCAAUUUUUGAGCGAUGACGCACUGCUACCGCAGCUGAAAAAGUAUCUAAGUUUCCAUGUGAUUGACUCAUUUGGUACACUUCUGGGCGAAUACUUCCGCCGUGUAAGUCACGACUUCCAUGGCAAAAUCCUAGGCACAGGAAAUCUUCUUCCGCGGAAUCAAUAUUGCAUGCAGGUGACAACGGCGUUCCUCGGAGAUGAAGUGGGAAAAUACUAUAUGCAAGAUGUGUUCGGUCCUGACGCAAAAAAGGCGGCUGAGUCCCUGGUGGAGGAAAUCGAGGAGUCUUUAAAAGCCUUGCUGCUAACGGAAGCAUGGCUAGAUAAAAUCACGUAUGACGCAGCUGUUGAAAAGCUGAGCAAGGUCAAGAAUUACAUUGGCGGACCAGAUGAUGUGCCCCCGCUGCCGUUUGAGCUCCAAGCUGACGCGUUUUUUGACAACGUAAAAAGGUUGUUGCAGCUGGGUUCGUCAAAAGCAAUACAAUCUGUCGGCAAGCCAGUAGAUGAGAAAGCUUGGGAAAUGUCCGCUUCCACCGUCAACGCUUACUACGAUCCGAGUGCAAACAAGAUGGUCUUCCCUGCAGCAAUCCUGCAGCCACCAUUCUAUAGUGCUGAGCACUUUCCUGCUGCAGCAAACUUUGCUCGUAUUGGAAUGCUGAUGGGCCACGAGCUUUCACAUGGAUUCGACGACCAAGGACGGAAAUAUGACGGCAAUGGAGCUCUUCGUUCCUGGUGGACUCCAUCGGUAUCAGCCGAGUUUAUCGAGAAAGCACAAUGCUUGGCAGCUCAGUACUCAGCGUUCCCGGUUGUUUCUAUUGAAGACGGACGCGUACUUGGUAAUGUGAAUGGCAACUUGACGCUAGGAGAAAACAUAGCUGACAAUGGUGGUAUUCGUCUUGCAUACGAGGCGUAUCAUCUCUGGAAAAGAACGUUCUUACCUCCACCCAUCGAACCAUCCUCUGAGAUUCAACCGGAGGCAACCAAUCCAGACCCGGCAACUGCAUCCCCAUCAGACGAUCAAGCACCGGAGCAAACACCUCCUGUCCCCAGCAAGGAGAUUCCAGCAGCCCCAGUCGUCCCUGUACCGAGUGAAACUGGUCCAGAUAAGCCUAUUCCUGUAGAGACGUUGCCUCCUCCCGUCCUCCCAGUCCCCAAAGCCGAAGCACCGGAAGUACCGCAAGCUGGGCCUGAUGGUGGAACGCCUGGUGGCAGUCCACCCCAACCGACGGUCGUGCCGGAACCUCAACCAGCGAACAUUCCUCAAGAAAUUAAUCCUGUACCUGAAGUUCCUACUCCGGUGAAGAAAACACCUGCACUUCCUGGAAAAGAGUCUGCCACGGAGGCACCGAUAGUGACGCCAGACUCAUCGACGCCGCCACCUGACUUAUCGAACACGCCGCCGACGUUGCCUGACGCACCUGACACACCAAAUCCAUCUAAUGGCUCAACGCCGUCGACGUUGCCUGACGUGCCUAAACCGCCAAGUCCACCUAAUGGCCCAACACCGCCGUUGCCCGACACACCUGACACGCCAAGUCCACCUAAUGGCUCAACACCGCCGUUGCCCGACACACCUGACACGCCAGCUCCACCUAAUGGCUCAACACCGCCGUUGCCCGACACACCUGACACGCCAGCUCCACCUAAUGACUCAGCACCGCCAACGCUGCCUGACGCACCUGACUCGCCAGCUCCACCUAAUGGCUCAACACCGCCGUUGCCUGACAUACCUGACACGCCAGCUCCACCUAAUGGCUUGACACCGCCGUUGCCUGACCCAAUUUCACCUGAUGGCUCCACACCGCCAACGCUGCCUGACGCACCCGAUACGCCAAGUCCGUCUAAUACACCAACACCAUUUAAAGUUCCAAGUGUUGUGCCGCAGCCAGGCCCAAGCAUUGUCUCACCCGACAAGACUAGCAAGCACAAACACAAGAAGGAAGAAGAUGAGCCUUCAGCAGAGCCCGAGAAAAAGGAUCAUACUGAAAUACAGAAGCAUCAUGAGAGUGGAUCGGAGAAGUCUGGUAAACACAACGAUAGCGAGCGAGAGGACGACCGUGACAAGGACGUGCACAACGAUCACGAACGUAAUGAAGGUCACCACCGCGACGAAGAGAAGGGCGAUGGGCUAGGUGAUUAUCGCCACAAAGGUUCACACCAUAGCCACAAGACGAAAGACAUUUAUAAGAAUGAGAGCAAAAAGGACCAUCAUGCGAAGCACAGUAAUGAAGACGGCGAAGAGAGUGACAAGCAUAUGCACCACAAGCAUGAAAGCAAGAAAGAACGUCGUGAAGCUCGCAAGAAAGAAAAGAAAGAAAGCCGCCGUCAUGAAAAAGAGAAGCAUCAUCACCAUCAUGACAAGGUCUACGAAGAGAACCACAAGGCGAGACAUGCUGAAAAAAAGCAUCAUCGCCACGAAGAAUGGUCGGAAGAAUGCGGUGAUUGCGGGCGAAAGGAGUAUCAUGGACACCACUACAAGCAUGAAGAAGACAAGGACAUAAUCAGCCAUGGGUGUGGCAAGGGAGAGGCCGACUGUGGAUCCAAACGGCACAAAUGGACGCUGUCAGAGAGCAAAUAUCCGUUUUCUGGCGGCGACGCUCGGAUCCAGAGUAUGGUGAAGAAGCUGGCACGUGCAUUUGCACAACCUGACGAUUCUGUGGCAGAUGACCGUCUGUUUUUUACGGCGUUUGCCCAGAAUUGGUGUGAGAAGCGAACACCCGGAUACGCAGAGCUAUUGCGAACGAUUGAUACUCAUUCGCCCGGCAAGUGGCGUGUGAACGGUCCGUUGAUGAAUUACGCCAAGUUUGCCGAGGUCUUUUCAUGCCCCGUGGGGACACCGAUGAAUCCAGCGAAGAAGUGCGUCAUUUGGUAA